UAACGGCAGGGAUCAUCGGAGAAGCAUGAGAUAAUUUAGAACAAGGCCGCAAUUAAGAAUACCUACAUAUUUGUCGUUGACUCGGAAGUUGACGUUCUGAAAGCGAUCUCGUUGCAUAUUUUACAUAUUUUAGGGACUCGUUUGACAAUUAAUCCGACUAUUGAAAGACGGAACCAACACGAAUCCCAUGCUAAUUACAAGUUGUCCCUAAAAUCGGUAAAAUUGUUAAGGUGGAAAUCGGUCACUCUAAAUUUGUGUUGAUGUGGGUCACCAAGUCUCGCUCAUUGCGCGGUUUUGUCCGUUUCAUCUUCCUUGCGUCUGGGUCUCAAGUUAUCUCGCUUAGUGCGGUGCGUCGAACUUAUUUCUUUGUCAGUAUUGUUUUAUUGUGAGACAAGAUUACAAUUUGUCACGAAAAACCCAGACGGGUUUUGGGACGAUGAUCAAUGAUCAUUGAUCACCUUUUCCCUGGCUGAAGGUUAGGUGACGUAAGAAGAUGCCCGUAUCGAGCCCGUCAUCUCGCUAAUGAACCCUCUCGUGACGACCGCAAUCCCGCUCAUUGCCGUCCCAUUACCUACGUACCGUUAGUGUAUGUCAGGGCUACACCAUCCCGGUGUGUUUUCCCAACGAUUUCUGUUUGCGUGCAUCAUCUGAGCGGUUGGCGUUUGUCCGGUCAUGGAUGGCUGAAUUUUAUUGACGCAGUACCUGCGUGGAAAAUCGACCCUACUGAUCGCUCCUUGGAAGUGGACCUCAGUGGGCGAUCACUGGUGUAACCGGUCAUCAGCCGGUCUCAGGUGUGGCCUUGACCUAUCGGUCAUUGAUGGGUCAUCGAUCGACUGUGACCUUCUGGUCACUGACCGGUCACGGCUAGCUAUCCAGUCCGCGUUCAGCCACAACCACUGCCAUCAACUGCCGGAAACUGCUUUGAAGCGCCUUCAACCAGAUUCACCUUCCUUGGAACACGAUUAGCUAACCCACUUCCAACCAGUCCUCACGAGUCUAAAAUCGCCUUCAACCAGCACCCACGCCUCCUACCGCCCACCGAAGCUGGAGCCGGACCCAGAGUCGCCAGAGAGUGACAGUCGCAGCUUGCGAAACCGGUCGGCGCUGCGGGUCGGCUCCAGAAGUCGGCUGCACCGUGCGGCGCACCUGAUCGGCCGCCGCGCCCCGGUCUGGGUCGCCGGGAGGAGGCCGGUCGGACGGUCGGGCCAGACGGGAGUCAGUCGCGCACCGGUCGCCAUAGUGAGAGGAGCGCCAGCUGCAGAUAUGGACACGACGGGGAGACACUAUCUCAGAGCAGCCGCGCUGCUGCUGCUGGCUGCGACCGCUGCGGGCCUCGUCAUCGAGAAGGAGAGCCCGCUGCUCGAUCUCAAUGACCACCUCCUCAGGGAGGUGCUCUCUGGCCAGCAGAACGAGGUGGUGUGCCCGGCGGCGCUGUUUAACGUGAUUGCCGGCGCUCACCGCGCGGCCAACACGGAGAUCCAGAGUCUGAUUCAGAGGCAGCUGGGCACCGCCAACCCGGCCCAGCUCAGCCAGGCCAUCGACCAAAUGGCUGCCGAGAAGUCCUCCGUGAAGAGUUUCUUCCGGGCGUACAGCAUACCUCGCGUGCGCACCGAGUGCUCGAAGCCGCAGGUGACCUCUGUGUCCAAACAGCAGCUGUGCGCGCGGCUGCUGCAGCUGCUGUCCCCUCCCACCGGCCGGGAGCUGGACCUGGGCGCCGCCGAGGCGGUGCGGCAGAUCAACUCUGACGUGUCGGCGGCCACGGACGGUCUGAUCUCGGACCUGUUUACCCACCUGGACCCGGACUCGCGCCUGGUGCUGGCCGCUGCGCUGGCCUUCUCCAGCCCCUGGCUGCCCGAGCUCACCAUCUCCACCAAGGAGCUGCCGUUCCGCCGGCCGGCCGGCGAGCAGGCCGUGCCCGCGGUGCUAGUCUCCGGCUCGAUGCGGUUUCUGAACGCCAGCGACGACGGCCUGUACGGCGUGGCCGUGCCGUACAACGACAACGCGUUUCACAUGGAGAUGUUCUUCUUUGUGGCGGCGAACCGGAGUGAGGAUGUCGUGAGCAAGCUGUCCCGGCGGCACUACGAGGCGCUGGCGGAGAUAUCGCCGCUCGAGACCCAGGUGCUUCUCACCUUCCCCAAGUUCUCCAUCAAGUCCGUCAAGCACGACUACCGCGACGUGGCCCUGUCGCUCGGCCUGGGCCCGAUGCUGGAGGGCGGCCUGGGGCCCAACGGUGCCGACAAGGUGGACCAGCUCGUGCACCGGGCCGUCAUCGAUGUCGACGAGAAGGGCACGCGAGCCGCCGGAGCGGCCGGUAUCAGCAUCAUCCCGCGGGCGGGCUCUGACGAGAGCACGCCGCGCGCCGUGCUGCAGCUCGACCGGCCGUUCGUCGCCUCUGUGAUGCACGUGGAGCUGGGCCUGCCCCUGUUCACGGCUCACGUGGUGGAUCCGCUGGACGGAGCGCCGGCUACCCGCCGGAGUCCCGUCAGGUUCUGAGGAAUGGCCCGAUGGGUGGGGAGUGAGGCGGAGUGGAGGGGAGGGGGAUUGGUAGAAAUUGAACGCGGGUGGUAGAUGCAAUGAUAGAUGUUUUAAAUGCACUAGUUUGGAUCACUAGAUGCGGCAUCACAUUGAACGCGAACGUACGCCGUGCGAGUAAAGCCCACGUAAAGAGUUCUUCAUUUUGAACUAAGAUUUUAUGUUUUGUUGGUCAAAAUAGUGUGCAAUAAGCUAGAGUGCUUCAAUAAUGCAAUCGUGUGGUGACCAGAGUGGGCUCACCUGUGUUUCCUUUCAGCUGUAAAAUCCGAGUUACGUCGGUAGGGAAUAUUAUGGAAUAUGGAUGAAUCUGCUGCUCAGUUCAGCCGAGUCACACAUAUCGUGUCUUGAAGAGCGGCAUUAAAUCAUUUGUACUGGCGACCUUUUUACUGCGUUUGUCACGAAUAUACGGUGCAACCUGCACAUCGAA